GUGACCUGGGAGUCUAACAUGCGUGAUCUCACACAAACUUCAACCAAAUUUGGACCCCGUUCGCAACUCCUCGGUCGUCCUAAAUCCCGACUCAGGGUGUCAAUUAAAUGGUAGUCAACGGCAGAAGGUUCAUGUGUGAUCCAUGCAAUUGCCUUAUGGAGUUUGGCACAAUCUCGGUCACCAAUGGCUUAAUGUUAAAGUGAAGCUGAUUAAAUCAUUCUGACCAGAGAGGAGUGCGCUACUGGUGAAACAUGCCCUUACCAUUUGGAUUGAAACUUAAGAGAACACGAAGAUAUACCGUCUCCAGCAAAAGCUGCCUGGUCACACGCAUACAGCUGCUUAAUGGUGAAUUUGUUGAGUUUACACUUUCUGUGGAAAGCACAGGCCAGGAAUGUCUGGACGCAGUUGCUCAGAGACUCGAGUUACGAGAGAUAACUUAUUUCAGCCUCUGGUAUUUCAACAAGCAAAACCAACAGAGAUGGAUCGAUUUAGAAAAGCCACUAAAGAAACAGCUUGACAAAUAUGGACAGGAGCCCACUGUAUACUUUGGAGUCGUGUUCUAUGUGCCGACUGUUUCCCAGUUACAACAAGAGAUAACCAGAUAUCAGUAUUACCUCCAGCUGAAGAAAGAUGUUCUGGAGGGUAGGAUUCCAUGCUCGAUUGAGCAGGCAGUCCGUUUGGCAGGCUUGGCGGUACAAGCUGACUUUGGAGACUUCACCCGCUAUGAUUCACAGGAAUUUCUUCAGAAAUUUGUGCUUUUUCCAAUUGAGUGGAUUCAAGAUGAGCGAGUUGUUGAAGAAGCGACUCAAAAAGUUGCCCUACUUUAUCAAAGUUACCGAGGUCUGCCAGUCCCAGAAGCAGAAAUGCUGUACAUGCAAGAAGUGGAGAAGAUGGAGGGUUAUGGUCAAGAAAGCUUUCAUGCAAAGGACAGCCAGGGUGCAGAUAUAAUCAUUGGAUCCUGUCUGGAUGGAAUAUUUGUCAAGCACAAAACUGGCCGGCCACCUCUUUUGUUCCGGUGGAAUGACAUUAAUAACAUGACUCAUAAUAAGUCUUUCUUUGCCCUGGAGCUGGCCAACAAAGAGGACACCAUUCAGUUUCAGACUGAGGACAUGGAGACUUCCAAAUAUGUGUGCAGAAUGUGCCUGGCACGGCACAAGUUUUACAAGAUUAACAAGAGUAGUCUAGAGGAAUCUGAUGCCCCGCCUUCUGAGGGCUCCCAGAAGUCCAUUCUCACUCUUUCAUUUCCUCGCUUUCCAAUGCUCUCUCGUCCCUCUCUGCCUUCUAACAAGGGCCAAACUCAACCUGCCCCUGUGAACCCCGUCAGACAGCGCUCCUCCACAAGAAUGUCUCUGCCCAAACCUCAGGCCUACAUGAUGCCACCACCUCAGUUACACUACAAUGGUCAUUACACUGAGCCUUAUACAUCCUCUCAAGACAACCUUUAUAUGAACAGUCAGAAUGGGUACUACUACCAUUCUCAGACCAGUCUAGACUGUUCCCCGCAUGAGUACAAUGGAAGGAUCCGGAACGGCAGUGUAUACAGCGCUCACAGCACCAGCUCCCUCAACAACCCACAACACUACCUGCAGCCAUCACCUAUGUCCUCCAACCCCAGCAUCACAGGCAGUGAUGUCAUGCGGACCGAUUACGUGCCCUCUCAUCGCCACAGUGUCCUUAUUCCACCAUCCUACCGUCCCACACCCGACUACGAGACAGUUAUGCGUCAGAAGAAUGCAGGCAUGAUGCCUCCAGCGGAGCGGCAGAGUCACUCCAUGAGGAACCUCAACAUUGGCAACUCCUACGCCUACAGCCGGCCUGAUCCGCUGGUCUACAGCCAGCCUGAAAUCCGUGAACAUGGCACGACUCAAUAUCAUCUCAACUACAGCUUCCACAGUCCUUCCCCCUAUCCCUACCCCACUGAAAGACGGCCUGUGGUGGGUGCUGUCAGUGUGCCAGAGCUGACCAAUGUACAGCUGCAACAAGCCCAAGAAUACCCUGCCCCCAACAUCAUGAGGACUCAGGUGUACCGGCCACCUCCUCCUUAUCCUUACUCUCACCCCCGGCCAGCCAACAGCACCCCAGACCUCUCCCGCCACCUCUAUGUAAGCAGCAGCAACCCCGAUUUAAUCACUCGACGAGUGCACCACUCGGUGCAGACCUUCCAAGAGGACAGCCUGCCAGUUGCUCACUCACUGCAAGAAGUGAGCGAGCCACUUAUUACCACACGUCACACUCGCAUGCAGAAGCGCAACUCCAUUGAAAUCGCUGGACUGGCAUAUGGCCUGGAGAACAUGAGGCUGAAGGAGAGGGCAGUGUCCGUCUCCGCUGCAGAGACUUCACCCCCCAUCGCUACUCCUGUCACCUCUACAACCUCAGGGUCUGAUCUCAAUGUCUUCCUAGAAAGGACCAAGGCAGAAGAUGCAAUCAUAAAGGAAGACGUAUGCUACGGGCACAAAAAAUCUCUGUCUGAUGCCACAAUGCUGGUCCACAGCAGUGGAGAAGAAGAGGAGUUUGAGGAUGAUAGUGGCCGGCACACCCCACAGUCUCAGGAUGCAGUUGCUGGUUCAGAGCAACACAUGACCGUUCUAGGGCAUCCUCUGAUGGAGCCACCUCCUCCUGCAUAUCCCUUCACCACAAGCUUAGAUCCAGUCCUCACUGGCCCUCUGAGCUUUCAACCCCAACCUCGGAUCCGGGAGCAGGACGAGGUGGGGCCUCUGUACCCACUUACUGAGGCCAGCCCAAUCAUGCCCUCAGUUUCAGAGGGUGACCUGAGCAGUCAAGGACGAUCAAAGCAAAAGGGUCAGAUCAUCAAAAAGAGACCAGUGUCUGAGGUGACUGCCACGAGACGGAACAUUGAUGGCCUCCCACCACCUGGCAUGAAGAAAGGAGUCCGAUCAGAUAUAAAGAAGAUGGGACCGCUGAAGCUGGCGGCUCUCAAUGGACUAACACUUGCUCGAAUGCCCGUGCCAGAUGAGGGCAAGGAUGAUUCAGGGAAGGCUUCCAAUGAUGAAAGGUGUAAGCUGCUGGAGCAGAAGUUGGAGCAAGGCAUGGUGUUCACAGAGUAUGAACAAGUGCCAAAGAAACUGCCCAACUAUGAGUGCAGCAUUGCACAGCUGCCUGAAAACGGAGAACGGAAUCGCUUCCAGGAUGUGCUGCCCUAUGAUGACACCCGCGUGGAGCUUGUGCCCACUAAAGAAAAUAACACAGGCUAUAUCAACGCCUCACAUAUCAAAAUUACGGUAGGGGGAGAGGAAUGGAGCUACAUUGCAUCCCAGGGUCCCCUUUCCAGCACAUGCCAGGACUUCUGGCAGAUGGUUUGGGAGCAAGGAGUUACCAUUAUUGCUAUGGUUACUGCUGAAGAGGAGGGCGGGCGAGAAAAGAGCUUCCGCUACUGGCCGCGUUUAGGCUCCCGUCACAACACGGUCACGUAUGGCCGUUUUAAAAUCACCACACGCUUCCGCACAGACUCGGGCUGCUACGCCACCACAGGCCUGAAGAUUAAACAUCUUUUGACAGGUCAGGAGCGUACUGUCUGGCACUUGCAGUACACAGACUGGCCUGACCAUGGCUGUCCCGAGGACUUCAAAGGAUUUCUUUCAUACUUGGAAGAGAUUCAGUCUGUGAGGCGGCACACCAACAGUACCAGCGAUCCAAAGAACACAAACCCACCCGUACUGGUGCAUUGCAGUGCAGGGGUGGGGCGCACUGGUGUGGUCAUUCUGAGUGAGAUCAUGGUAGCCUGUCUGGAACAUAAUGAGAUGCUGGACGUCCCUACUGUUCUGAAGUUGCUGCGACAGCAGCGUAUGAUGAUGGUGCAGACUAUUUCCCAAUAUACCUUCAUCUACAGAGUCCUUAUACAGUUUCUUAGAAACUCCAGACUUAUAUAAGCUCAAAAUGUUUGCUAAGCUACCAGAGCCAUGGAAGAUGUUCUUCUGUGACAACUGGAGCAGAUGUCUACCCUUCAAGGGAUAUCUCACAGAGGGGACGGUGUCCUGGGGAAGUCUGAGAUAGACUGCAACUCCAUUUGAAUGGAGCAGUCCUACUCACUUCCACUCCUGAGCACUUUCUCUGAGUAUUAAUGAAGGGCCAUAACUCAGAAGGAUCUGGGGCAGGUAUGAAGGAUGCUGCAAACCAGCAGAUGUUCUCUUUAAUCAGUAUUAUUCAGAGAUUUUACUGUGGAUUUUUACAAUAUGAUUACUGCUCAUGAAUCACAGCACUUUUACAUUUACUGUAUAUAGCAAAUAACACUAAUGCUGCAUCUUUAUUGUUAAACAUAUAACAAUAUUGAAUGCUUUAAAAAAAAGUUCUUUUUUCUUCUUAAUGGCUAUCUUGGUUGAUAGUUUUGAGUGAAGGUUUACUGAGUUGAAAUGGAAAAUUAUGGUCACAGUGUUUAAAGUUUGAAAAGUAAGGGGUGUUUUAGUGCAGAGCUAAUUUCUCAAAACCAAGUAUCAUAACGAAAGAUAUGUGGCUCAUGGAGUCUCUACUCUCACAUAAGAUUUGCUCUGUGUAUGCAAGUCUUCACAGAUGAUGUUGAGUAAAGUGGGUUUCGCAUAUCAGAAGUUAGGAUACAGCCAAAGAAAAGUUACGA